AGCAUUUUAGGUUAUGUUAUUUAGUUAUUGUUAUUAAAAAAUUAUUCUUAAAAAUUAAGUGCCAGUUCAAUUAAAACAAUAUAAAAACUCAUAAACAUGGUCAAAUAAUUAAAUCUCCCUCAAAAAAAAAGCAAAUAAACUAUUUAAAAUGUUACAUGGUAAAUUGUUCUUCUAAUGUACAAGGAUUUGUAUAGGAAUAUCAAGCGGAUCUUCCUUUAGUCAAGCGCAAUGGCCAUUGAUAAAGCCUAUUAUAAUAGAAACAGUAUUGAAUAACAGUGGUUCGAUAACACAGUGAUUUAAGGCCUGUUGUGCCUAAGAUAGUCUCAAUUCACACCCCUGCCAAAACCUGCUAUCCAAAGACCCAUCCAAAAAGUGGAAAUGUAAAACAGCAGGAGAAAAAAACGCCUCGGUAAUCUUGCAAUUAGACCAGCCAUAUCAAAUCAACGCCCUCGACAUUGGAAAUGAAAAUUCCGCAUACAUUGAAGUCCUGGUGUCAAGAUCUGGCACUCCAGAGGACCACAAAGUCUUACUUGUCAUGUCCUCGUUUAUGACCCCUUUGGAAUCUCGACAAACCGAGAACGUUAAUAAAGUGAGAAUGUUUAAACAUGGGGAUUUUUCAGAGGGGGUAAGGGAUGAAAAGUGGGAUAGGGUGAAAAUUGUUUGCACACAACCGUUCAAUAAGCAUGUCCAGUACGGGUUGUCUUUUGUCAAUUUGUAUUGUGCAGAAGGGAAAAAUGGUGGUACCGCUCCAGGGGUGAGUAUUGGGAAGUACCAGUUAAGACCAGAAUCUCCAGAUAAUUUUUCACCCGGAAGUCUUUUUGCUAGAAGGAAAAAUGUUGAGGGUUCUGGUGACCAAAGUCCAAAUCAACAUCUUAAAGGUGCUGCAGCAAUCAGAGAGGCAACGUCUAUAGCACACAGCGGUUCGCCUUUACCUAAACAAAAAGUUCGAUUGUCAUUCCCCUGGACACCCACAGCCAAAAAGCCUCCAGAAGAAGAAUCCAGUAAAACCCCUAAGGAAAGAAGGGAGAGAAACAGAAACGAUUUGCUCUACAACAAAGACGAGGAAGAGAAACAUGAAAAAAUCGACAAAUUAAUUGAGAAAAGAGCCGAAGAGAAAGCAGAAGCCAACAAGAAACUGGAACAAGAAAGAGAGAAGGAGAAGAAAAGAUUGGCAAAUAAACAAACCGACACCCCAAAAACUCCCAGAGAGUCAAAAGACAUUCCAUCCAAAAAACGAAAACCCAAAGAUCCUCAAAACUCUGUUGAACCAAAAAAGUCCAAAAAAAUCCGCAUUAAAAAGCCAUUUGAACGACUAUUGGAGGGCGUGGUGUUGGUUAUAAGUGGAAUCCAGAACCCGGAUAGGGCAAACUUGAGAACUUUGGCUCUAUCUAUGGGAGCAAAAUAUAGGCCUGACUGGGACAACACUUGUACCCAUUUAAUAUGUGCUUUCACCAACACACCAAAAUUUAACCUAGUCAAAGGAAAAGGAAAAAUUGUAACCAAAAAGUGGAUCGAGGAGUGCCAUAGUCAAAGAAAACGUUUGCCCUGGAGAAGAUACGCCCUGGAUAAGGCGGAUAAAGGGGUGGAAAGUGAGGACGAAAUCUGGGAGGAAGAACGUACACAAGCUGCCACAGAGUCAGACAUAGAAAUCGACACUGCAAUCAUAAAUAGUGACGAUGAAACGAUGCAAAAGGGGUCAGAUACUGAAGAAAUCGUAGCGGAAAUAAUAAAGAAACAAAAGCGAGAAAAGGAAGAAGACAUUUAUUUGGUGGAUACAGACAACGAAACCAUUGAACCAGUUAUAAAUGGGAGUUUAAAAGUCAAACGGAAACUAGAAAACUUCUUUAAGGCUAAAAUAUUCUUCGUGGAUACAAAAUUGGAUGAGGAAGUUGCCAGGCGUGUCAAGCAGUAUAUUGCCGCAUACGACGGGAUCAUAGCUGAAGAACUUGAAGCUACCAUAGACAUAAUAGUAACAGACGGUGCCGAUUACAAACUGCUCCAAGACAUUUACCCGAAUGCGAGUUUCGUCACACCAGAUUGGAUAUGGGAGUGCCAUAAUUUGCAAAAACUCGCCCCAAUGACAGACUUUUUGUUCCAAUAAAUAACUUUAUUACUACAUCCUAGUUAAUGCUUUAAAUAAAAGGCUAAGCCGCUUAAAAUAAAUUGAUCCCUAUAGUUAGCGUCGCACUCUAUUUCCAGUGUAAUUAUUUUAUUUUCCCUUUUUGUGUUGGCGUAAAGUGGGACUUUUGCGUAGUCUUCGUCCUGUAAUCGACCCUAAGAAUCGGGAUAAAUUAAUAACUAUAAAUCACUUUAUAGUGGGUGUCCCAAUAAGAGCGCACGUUUUAAUUGGUAAAUAAAAGUCAUAAUUUAUUUUAAA